GGUGGGAAAAGAAAACAAAGCGUACAGUUGAGUAUCAAAACAAAAAACGGGAAAACAAAAUGGCGGAGUUGUCACUGUUCGUCACAAACGCUAAUGUGUCUCUGGGACAAACUAUGGAACCUGAGAAAUCUUACUGUGAUGAUGAUGAUGAUGUUGCAGAGCUCGAGCGUGGUAAAGGACUUCGAGAGUGUGGAGCUCGGCAACCCGGCGAAGAAGCAGAAGACGCCACGCAGAACUAUUUAUUUUGCCAGCGGUGAGAUGAUGGAGGAGUUCAGCACAGACGAGGAGGAGGAGGAAGAUGAAGAGGAGCGGCGCAAACAGAACGCCAUGAACACCAUCGAUCCGUCUAAAUUGACGUGGGGUCCAUAUUUCUGGUUCCACAUGUGGAGAGUGGCAACAAGCACCAUCUCAGUGUGUGAUUAUCUGGGAGAGAGAAUGGCGUCAGUCCUGGGCAUCACCACGCCCAAGUAUCAGUACGCAAUUGAUGAGUACUACAGGAUGAAGAAAGAGGAGGAAGAGGCCGAGGAGGAAGAUCGUCUUUCUGAAGAAGCCCAGCGACGUUUCGACAAUCGGCAACGUGACGAAGAGCAGAAUCCGACAGUGGAGCAGCCCGAAGGGAAGAGUUCCUUCGUCAACAUGAGCUUCGAAGUGGAACAGGAGUCUUCAUGAUCCAGUGCCUUCUCUUAUGAUCUCUCUACCUGUUAUAUAUUUAUAUAUCAUAAUAUAAAACCAGACUCAAUGACA